CAUCUUGUCGAGAGGUGAAAUUUUGGAAAUUCAGCUUCCGAACUCAGAGACGUUACCUGAACACUUUAUUCUCAGUAUUCUGAUUUGUACAUACACCUUUAAAAUAUCAUCAGAGUGGUAAUUAUUUAGUUGGUUAGUGUAGAGAUGGAGUAAUGCACAUUUUGCAGAUGUCUUCCAUACUUCUUUAUAAAGAAGCGCAGGGGGAGUGGGCCCGCCUCAGACUAAAGUAGCAGUUGCAGCUGGACAGGCGCAUCGGCGAUAUCGGCCUACUGGCUACUGCGGAGACGGGACGGUACUUAAAAUCGGAGGCCAGUUCUGUCUGACAAAGGACCGGGCGGAGUUUUUGUUUGUUUGUUUUUUAAUUGGCAUCAGAUCUGGGGUCUUCUUUGUGUGUGGACGCCUUUCGAGGUUGGUUUUGUCUGUUGUAUGAGCGUCGAAAAUGCAACAGGAGAGAAGAGGAAGACCGAUGACGCACGAUUCAUCUCGCUAGCUAAUGGCUUAAAACUUGGUGCAGUGCCACAGUUUCUGCUGUUUUGUGUAGUGAAAGAGAUCACAAGUGUGACACAGGCUCAAGUAGCGGCCAGCAACGCCACAGACGAUACUGAGAGCUUGGAUGACCCAGAUGAAUCACGGACUGAGGACGUGUCGUCGGAAAUAUUUGAUAUGUCCCGGGCCGAUUUUGAGCCCGAAGUAUGUGACAGAAGUUCGUCUGAGGAAGCGUUAAACAAUGUCGGAGAACCAGAGGCUCUUCACAAACCGGGACCUGUUUCGUCGGGGCCGCCGAAUGGGAGCUUUGGCUUCCGUAAUGUAGGCGAGCCAGGACUUUCGCACCAACAGUCCCCGGGAGCUGUCCAGAGUGCACCCCACACGGGGGCCGUCCAGCAGCCCAGCUGUGCCGCGGCAGGAGGUCAAGGUAACGUUCCCGUCAGCACGCAACAGUCGACAGCCACACAUUCGAACGCUACCGCAUCGGCUACAGCGAGCUGCAGUUCACGCUUCAGGGUCAUCAAACUUGAUCAUGGUACAGGGGAGCCCUUCAAACGGGGUAGGUGGACUUGCACAGAAUUUUAUGAAAAAGAUCCUGAGGGUUCUGUUAUCAGUAGGACUGUGGAUAGUAUAAGACAUCCAAAUGUAACGGAGCAAGGAACGGAAAGAGACAGUGGGUUGGGUGCUACAGGCGGUUCUGUGGCCACUCAGGCUGGGCUUUCUAACCAGGGCCCAGAUUCUGCGCUUGACUCAGCUUCUCUUCAAGCAUCCCCGCAUCAGUUUGAUCCUCAGGUGCCCCAUGGCUACAGUGUAGUGUUGCAGCAUGGCACCACAGGGACUGGGACAGCGAACCCUGAGUCCCUCAGCAGCAAAUCGGCUCCAGUCCAGCCCAGUUCUCAUGCCGCCGUCGCCCAUGGCCUCCUCCCACCGGGCCACAAUGGCCUGCACCCAGCCACUCAUGUUCAGAAGUCUCCUGGCAUGGCCUCCACUCCUCCAGCACAGACCCUGCUCUAUCAGACACAACAGCAGACUCCUCAGCAGUUACCUAUAGGCCACCACCUGCAAGCUCAGCCUGGCCUCAUGCCUGCCAGUCAGGUUGAAUAUGGACAGCAGCACUUGCCUCUGACUGUUGCCCAGACCCACCCGGGGACCAGUCUGCCUGUUGGCCACGGCGUCAGCCAGGGGCCAUCCCCUGUGCCCACUCCAGCUGCAGGAGGUGUGCUGGGGGUGCCUGGAGAUAUCGGAGGCCUCCCUGGAGGUCUUCCUUUACCUGCAAGCCAGCCAGGAUCAUCGGUCCCAAGUCUCUUGCCCCAGCAUGGGACAGGGAUGUUGGGUGGCGUAGCCCCCCUUGCUCAAGGGUCCUCAGUCCAGCUGGGGCAGUACUCGCCUGCAAAUGCGACCCACAGCUUAGCAGCAGCUCCACAGAGUGCCACAGCCUUGCCUGUGUCGGCUGGCGCCAUACCUUCGUUGGGGGCGGCAGGUGGUGCAGGCAUGCCCAUGUCCUCCACUGGCAUGCCGGCACAUGCACAGGUCCCCCGCAACAGCGGGCUGCCUGGUGUCACUGCCACAGGCAGUGGCUUCGGCCAGCCGGAAGAGAGCCGGAGAAAAUCAGAUGCCCCGCUUCUGGCCCCUCUAGUUCCUGGCAAGGAGGCAGGGAAGCCCCUGAUUGCAGAUGACCUGCCGUUGUCUAAUCCUGCAGUGAACAGCUUUUUCGGAAUACCCAUCCCCAUUGACGGGGAUGAUGACAGGAACCCCUCUGCAGCUUUCUACCGGGCUUUCCAGGCUGGCAGUAGGCCGCGUGAACCCAAGCCCUCGGCCGAUAGUGCCUCUGGAGCAAGUGUUGUUGCCAUUGAUAAUAAAAUAGAACAAGCAAUGGAUCUCGUUAAAAGCCAUCUAAUGUUUGCUGUGCGGGAGGAGGUGGAGGUGCUGAAGGACCAGAUCAAGGAGUUGUACGAGAGGAACUCUGUGCUGGAGCGGGAGAAUGCUGUGCUCAAGUCUCUGGCCAACAGUGAGCAGCUCUCGCAGCUUUCAGUGCAGGCAGCGGCCUCAUGUGGUGCUGCCCCCUCCCAGCUGGGGGCAGGCCAGGCCCCGCCCCAGACUCAGCACCCUCCCCCCUUUCAGCCAGAGCUCAGUCAGUCCGUUGGGAUGGGGGAUUACGAAGCUGUGAAAUCGUUUCAACCUACUUUGUAACCAAAGAUGCGAAGCAGUGUAAACUCAAUUUUUUUUAUGCACAUUCUAUGUACUUUUUUUUUUCUUACUUUCUCCUUCACAUGACUUUUUUGUUGCUUUUUUUUAGCAUGUUCUGCAUGAUCUGUUAUUUGUCAAACCACUUUCUUACCUCAUAUUUGUAUUCGGCACUCUUAAUGUAAGAUAGCAGGCUGUGAACAAUGUGGAAGAGAUACAUGAAAACAAAACUAGUGUUCAGUGCACUAGCCACAGAAAAAUGAAGUGAGCCAUGUUUCGUUUGUCAAAAUGGUGUUGGAAUUUCAUAUGCCAAUAGUUUUGUUACAUUGCAAAAAAUUUUAAUGUAUUUAAAUAAAUGCAAUAUUCAGAUUCCA